UACUACCUCUAACGGUGGAAAAGUUUAAACUAUCAACAAACUGAACUAGUUCUCCUCAUGUCUUCAUGUCCUCAUGUCUUCAUGUCCUCAUGUCUUCAUGUAACUGCAGCUAACUCGUGUUAAAGCAGUGUUUCUACAGCAGAUGUGAGUGUGCUCAGAGUGUCAGAGAGGACAGACAGACAUGUUGAGUGUCUUUGGUGUAAAUAAAGCAGAGGACAGAGGACAGUAGUCAUGACGGCGCUGGACAGACCCGCUUUGGAGCUGACGGUCACGGAUGUGUACGAGAUCGCCUCGGUGCUCGGACGGGACUUUGAGCGGAUCAUCGACCGGUUCGGGUGCGAGUCUCUGGUUGGGGUGGUGCCCAAAGUGGUCCGGGUCCUGGAGCUGCUGGAGGCCCUGGUGAGCAGCGGAGCCGCCGGACAGGAGGCCGAGGAGCUGCGGGGCGAGCUGGACAGACUGAGGCAGGAGAGGAGCGACAGAUACGAGCAGGAGAGGAGGCACCAGAAGGAGUUGGAGAUGGUGGAAGAUGUGUGGCGAGGAGAAGUCCAGGACCUGCUCUCUCAGAUCACCCAGCUUCAGGCAGAGAACAAGAGGCUGUUAGUGAGCCUCUCUCUCAAAGAGUCCCCCGUCUCAGAGGAAGACCUGCAGAAACAGGAGGGAAUGUCAGAGAAGGAGAGGCAGGUGAUGAAUAAGCUGAAAGACUUGGUGGAUAAGCAGAGGGAUGAAAUCCGGGCUAAAGACCACGAGUUGACACUAAAAAACGAGGAUGUUGAGGCGCUCCAGAUGCAGCAGCAUCGGCUGAUAAGAAUCAACCAGGACCUUCGUCACAGGAUAGGAGUGAUGGAGGCUCAGGGCAAGGCGCUGAUCCAGCAGAGGGCUGAGCUGGAAGCUGCAGCCCAGGCACGGCAACAGGAGCUGGGGCCUCUGCAGCUGGAGGUCACCAGGCUGAGAAAGGAGCUCCGUGGGUGGGAACUGGAGGAAGAGGUCACUAAUAUAGAAGAAACCUCUCUUACUAGAUCUGGGAUGUCACCACCAACAUCAACACAGAUGGCGUCCUCCUCAUCUAACUCCAAUCCAAAUUCAGUGUGGGCUGAGUGUGGAGGGGACCCUGGCUUCCUGGCAAACUGCUUUGAGCCUGACAAGAGUCCUCCCCGUCUCCCAAGGACGUCAAAGAGAGAAAAUAAUGAGGAAGAAGAUGACGAAGAUGAGCAUACGACAGCAUUGUUACUGAAGGUGUCAGAUGAUACAGACCCAGAGGAGUUGACAGACAGCCUGGAGCAGGAGCCAGACAAACCUCGCUUCACCCUGCAGGAGCUGCGGGACGUCCUGCAGGAGAAGAAUGAACUCAAGGCCCAAGUGUUUGUGCUGCAGGAAGAGCUGGCGUAUUACAAAAGUGAGGAGUUUGAGGAUGACGUCAGCUUCAUUGUUUGUCCUCCAUCUCCUCCACCAUGCUCCAGUUCCUCUGAUCAGGCCGAAUCAGGAAUUAGACGCUUGAUCUUUACUGCCAUAAUGCCGAUGGUGGCAGCCGGUUUGCUUGCAGACGACCCCAUGUUGAUGCCAAUCAGAAGACUUUCCUAUGUAUGAGCUUGACUUUAAAUUGUACUAUUUCUCUUGUUUUUUUUCCCCACACGGUGUCAACAACAGGUUGAUUCUCUCAACGCAGUUUGUCCAGACAUAUUUACAAGAAUUGGUAUACUGGCUGAAUUAGUUUGUUAUUUUAAACUAAAUCUGUAUGGUGUUUAUACACUUAAAACGACUUUUGGUAGCAUUUUAGCUAACUUGGUAAGAGCUUUAAAAGGGCAUAUGUAGUUCAAAUGUGAGACAACUUGUCUUACCUGGACACUCUUAUGUGUAUCUAUGACCUCUCAGUGGCUUAAUAAAAAGUCAUCAGUGCAUCACUUUAUGUAUUAAAAUGAAAAAGUUGCUGCUGUAAUGCCAAAUAACUUAGCACCCAAGUUUCCCACUAUAUUAUUUGAUCCAAAUACAGAAAUGGCAUCACUGCAUUCCACCGAGGAUGAAUUGAGUUAUAACAUUCAGGUUCCUCAGCAGUCUCUGAGUAAUGACAUCAUGUGGGGAUUGGUCCAGCUGCUAUGAGAGCGAUAAAUGGGACAUCUUGUGUCAUUUAUGUUUAAGUGAUUUUAGAAGUGUUUGAGUCUGAUUUCAAGGUGUAGCAAAUGAGCUGGAUGAUCAUGUGCCCCCACUAAGAGACUGUUUGGGAUAAUGUGCUUUGUCCCCUGAAUUGAUGAAAAGAGGAUGUUACUGUAUACCUGCAGCACUACAGUGUGGUACCACACAAUCAUACUGGUAAAACACCAGUAUGACCAGUACACCUAUUCCAACAUUAAUUGUAAAAGUAUUAAAAGUAAGUAAAACAGGCUCAAACAACCAAUAUGUGCUGGGAUAUGUGCAUCUGUAAAAUAAUGCUUGUUCAGAAUAAAGUAAUAAAGAUUUAUUUUUCAUC